UUACAUGUCUCAAAGCUGCAUUGAAAAAUCGCGGAGAAAAGGUAGUUAGAUAAGACAAAUGGAGGGGCGGGGCGGUCGUGGUAAGGUAGCAAGGUUAGUGGGUGACAAGGUAGAUUCACAGGUGAUGAGGGGCUGUGUGUGUUCAGGAAUGAGUGAAGAAGGGAUGGGGCCAGGUUGGUGAGGGAAUAGGAUGUCAGACAGAGGAGGGAUAGGGUAUGAGUUGGAACGAGUGGGGUGGCAGAUAGGUGAAGCAGGCCGGAUAUUAAUGGGACACGGGUUAGAGUGUCAGGUGGGUGAAGGUGUACCAUGAAUCUCAGGGCUGGUUAGGAAUGUGUUAAGUCAGGAGUAGUUCAUGUUAGGAGUUUGGUUUUGGGGGAUAUUGGGCGUUGGAGGCAGUAAGGUUGUUGCAAUACUGUUAGCUGUGAAUAGAGUGGUCAAUGUUAUGGUUGCUCGAGAAUUACUGCAGGUGUUAAUUGCUUUGUAUCCCCUGAAUAACUAUUCAGAUAAUUCAGAACCCUCAAGCCUCUUGAGUUGGAGAAUAUUUCAAAGGUUUCUGACUUUUGUCCAACAGUUUCACCAGAUUCUUGCAAGCUAUGUGGACAGGCUAGGGAUUGAAGGGAGAGCAAGCAAACUGACCACAGCAGUAUGGCACAGGGAGCAAUUCGAGUGGAGGGGAGGCAAGUGGAGUUGGGUAGAAGUAGGAAUGUUACAUCUAAGGGAAUAGAUACUAGUCUCUGUGAGAAUGAGUCCUGAAAGGUCUGUUGCCUGCCCAAUGUCAGAGUUAAGGGCAUUUCCUUAGGGCUGGAAAAAGUCUUGGUACAGGAAGAAAGGACAUAAAUCAGGACACAAUGAGUGCAUGUAAAAACAAAGCAGCAGCAGCGGGAGCAGUGAGAGCGAGGACCAGGGGGCUGCCGGGAAGGUUGAACCUCUGAGCUGACGAUCCAGAAUCGGCAAUGCCGAUACCAAGCAGCCUGAUACCAUCCCGGUUUCUGACACUUGUGGCUCAUUUAGUCAUUGUCAUCGACAUCUUUUGGUCCAGGGAGAACAAUGUUUUGGCCAGUCUUCCACCCACCUACACCCCUCAUCAAUAUCAAAGCCGUGACACCGAAUUAAUUGUGGCAUUGUCGGUGACUCUAGGCAUGUUUCUAAUCGAGCUGCUGGGCUUCUUCUCUGGCGUCUCCAUGUUCAACAGUACGCAGAGUCUCAUUUCUAUUGCAGCACACUGUAGUGCUUGCAUCUGUCUUUCCUUCUUUGUCUUUGCGAAAUGGGAGUGUUGGACCUACUGGUAUAUCUUUAGCUUCUGCAGUGCUCUUCCAGCAAGUAUUGAAAUCGUUCUGAUGAUUGCAGUUUUUGGGUUGAAGAAGAAGCCAUUGUGAAUGUACCAAAACCCCUUAUUACUGGAAUCCACCAGUGAAGUAACAAGAAUAGUGGAAGAUGUGACCAAUUGCAAUGGAUCUCCACUCAGGAUUGUGUUGUGGAUACCGGCAACAUUUAUAGAACUUUCCAGGAUAUGUUACAAAACAUGUAUGUCAUUGUCUAUAUUAUAUCACCUUGAUAUCUCCUUCUUCAUUAUAGAAAGUAUGGAUCUCAUGUUCCAUUAUAAAUUGUGUACAUUAUAUGUUAUAUUACAGAACUAUAUAUUACAUAAUUCAAUAUUGAACUUUUUUUAGCAUCUCUGGUUUCGAUAUAUCUAUCAGAACCUGCAUUAUAUGUGUAUACCAGUAUCUCCAUUUCAGAACAUGAAUAUCACAGUUUAUGUUAUUGAACAUGUUUACUUCUAGGAUCUCUGUUCUAGAAGAUGUGUAAUCAGUCUCCAUUAUAGAAAGUAUACAUUGCUACCUUCUUUAGAGUCCUUUGUGUUUGCUAAUGUCCACCUCACAGAUCAAACUGUGGAAUACCCAGGGAGAAGUUGUUUCUUUUGCAAUUCUGAUCAUUUGCCUGCUUCCGUAUACACUGUGACACAUAUGAGCAGGAUACUGUUGGAGUGUGUCAAACUGUCCAACAAAUGGGAAGGUUAGAUGCAGAUCCAGCUUCUUUCCUGUUGGAUGUUAGGAGUAACCAAUGUGGUAGUGAGCUAUCAGGAAAGCUGAACUAACUGACCUCAGCUGAGGUGACAUCUGGAACUGACCUUAGUGCCCCUGAGUUAGGGAAAGUGAAUAUCAGCUACAAUUCCUACUUCUGUGAUAUAUGUAGGAAAGUACAUGUUUGUGUGUGUUAACUCAGCAUUAAACUUAGUGGAUUAUUCCUGCAACUGAGUAAGCUAGACACACAAAAUAUUUGCAGUUUAAUGAUGAAUUAGAAAGGGGUUGAUUUUCAUGUCUUCAUGGGUACAGACGGCCUCAACCAUGACCUUGGGUUCAUGUUACGCUACAUGUAACCCCACCAUACUGUUCUGUAUCUGUAAGAUCUUCCUUAUUGUUCUGUUUUGACACCAUCACCUCUAACUUGUUAUGAUCUCUGUACCUUAAUUAGUUUGUACAGUUUUGGAUUACUUGUUACUUUGGUUAAACCCUCAGCAUGUGACUCUCAUACCUAUUAUCUUAUUCCAACCAUUUGGUUUGGUUCCGUCACCACCCUAGUUUUAAUUUUUUUGUAAUUAUCUCUUAGCCUCAAUUAAUCGGAUUAAAGGUCAUCCCUUCACUUGCUAUUCAGCUGUUGACACUUGAUUCACACUGUCUGACACUUUUGAUCACCUGCAGAGACUUAUUAUUCAGCCUGUCGACACUCCAGUCACACCGUUUGUAUGAUCUUUUGAUCUUUCUGCCUACAAAUUAUGUGCCUGUGAGAUUCUCUUCACUCCACCUGACUAAGGAGCAGCGCUGCAAAAGCUUGCAAUUUCAAAUAAACAUCUUGGACUAUAA